AUUCCCCCCCAGCUCAGCAUUUUUAGGAAUAGGCGCUGCGACGGAGAACGACAUCGACCACCACUACCGGCGCUGCCGCCGCUAAUACCUCGAAUUCGCUACAGAGUACUGCUAUUCACGCCACGCCACGCCCCGCCACUCGCGGCAGGCCCAGUGCUAGGCUCCCAAGAUGGGUGCCGACCAGGAUAACGCGUGUGCCAACCGGCCUGCGUACCUCCUGCUGGGUGACCAAUCGCUCGAUACCCAUGGCUUCCUUGUCCGCUUCUUCGGCCAGGAGCAGCACGGCGAGUUGGCCAAGGCCUUUCUCCGCCAGGCUGCCUACGCCCUCAAGUGGGAGAUACAGAGGUUGCCCGCCGCCGAAGCACGCAGGCUACCCGACUUCCUCACGCUGAAGCAGCUGAACGAGCGGUACAACAAGAGCGACUACAAGCAUGCGGCCGUCGACGCCGCGCUGCUGACCAUCUCGCAGCUCGCCCACUUUCUCGACCACGUCGAAAAGCACUCCGAGGAUAUCCCUCAUCCUGAACACACUGUUGCUGUUGGACUUUGCUCGGGACUCUGGGCCGGAGCCGCCAUCUCCGUCACGCCGUCGUUGCCAGAUCUCGUCCCAGUCGGUGUUCAGACCGUCAUCUUGGCAUUCAAGCUGGGUUCCUACGUGCAAACGAUCGCCCAGCAGUUCAGCCACUCAGCACAAGAUGAAUCGGAAAGCUGGACAUACCUUUUCCCGCUCUUGAGCCACGAGGAGACGGCCGUCAAACUGGCCGAGUUCCAGGAAUCAACUGGAAUCCCGCCCGCCAAUCGCGCGUAUGUGAGUGCCGUAUCCAGCAGUGGCAUCGCCGUCUCUGGGCCGCCAGUCACACUCAGCACUCUGGUGAACCGGGGCAUCCUCUCGACGAAGCCGGUGGCGAUUCCAGUCCACGGCCCGUACCAUGCGCCGCAUCUCCACGCGGGUGCAGAUGUGAAGAAGAUUCUCGACCUGGACAAUCCGCGGGUGGAAGAUGCAUUCUACAAGUCCCGUCCACGGCUGCCCGUUAUGUCCUGCUCGACUGGAUCGUUUUUCUCCGCUGCGGAUACCAAGGCCCUCAUGACCUCCGUGGCCUCAACAAUCCUGAAUGAGACCUUGAUGCUCGACAAGGUUCUUGCCAGCUGUGUCGAACACGCCCGCCAGGUUGAAGCCAAGAGCUGCCUCAUCUUGCCCCUCGGGCCGACCCAACUCGCCGGCGCGCUCAAGCAUGCUCUCAAGGCCAAGACGGAUCUGGAGGUCGUUGUCCGUACACCGUAUGAUGCGCCACCCGAGGCCACAUCGAGCCUGAGCGGGAAGUGCAAGCUUGCCAUUGUCGGCAUGGCCGGGCGUUUUCCCGAUGCCGCCAGCCACGAGAAGCUCUGGGAGCUGUUGGAACGCGGCCUUGACGUCCACCGCCUGGUCCCUGCGGACCGAUUCGAUCACAGAACGCACGUCGAUCGGUCGGGCAAAGGCACCAACAAGAGCCACACGCCUUUUGGCUGCUGGAUUGAGCAGCCCGGCCUGUUCGACCAUCGCUUCUUCAACAUGUCCCCGCGCGAGGCGUUGCAGACCUGUCCGAUGCAGCGGAUGGCCUUGACCACCGCGUACGAGGCUCUGGAGAUGUCGGGCUACGUUCCAAACAGAACGCCAUCUACGAGGCUUGAUCGCAUCGGCACAUUCUACGGCCAGACCUCCGAUGACUGGCGAGAGAUCAACGCCGCCCAGGACGUGGACACGUACUUCAUCACGGGCGGCGUGCGGGCAUUUGGCCCAGGGCGCAUCAAUUAUUACUUUGGCUUCAGCGGGCCCAGUCUCAACAUCGACACGGCGUGUUCCUCAAGCGCGGCCGCCAUGCAGGUUGCCUGCACCGCGCUCUGGGCGCGGGACUGCGACACGGCCAUCGUCGGAGGCCUUUCUUGCAUGACGAACCCGGACAUCUUUGCCGGGCUCAGCAAGGGCCAGUUUCUUUCGAAAAACGGCCCCUGCUCCACCUUCGAUGACGCUGCCGAUGGAUACUGCCGUGGUGACGGCUGCGCAUCCGUCGUCGUGAAGCGUCUGGAUGACGCCUUGGCCGACAAGGACAGAAUUCUGGGCGUCAUCCUCGGCACUGCGACCAACCAUUCCGCGGAUGCCAUAUCCAUCACGCACCCGCAUGGCCCGACGCAGUCUGCCUUGUCGACCGCCAUCCUGGAGGAAGCGGGCGUUGAUCCCUUGGACGUCGACUACGUUGAGAUGCACGGCACGGGCACGCAGGCCGGGGACGGGACCGAGAUGUUGUCCGUAACCAACGUCUUCGCCCCGGCAGACCGCAAGCGCCGCGCCGACAGACCGCUGUACCUAGGUGCUGUCAAGGCCAACGUCGGCCACGGAGAGGCCGCAUCGGGAGUUACAGCCCUCAUCAAGGUGCUUCUCAUGCUCGAGAAGAACGUCAUUCCGCCCCAUGUCGGUAUCAAGCCUGGUUCCGUGAUGAACCGGACUUUCCCCGACGACUUGUCCGCGCGGAACGUCAACAUUGCCUUCCACGCGACGCCCUUCCGACGGAAGGAUGGGAGGCCGAGGCGCGUCUUCAUCAACAACUUCAGCGCCGCCGGAGGCAACACCGGUCUCCUGCUCGAGGACGGCCCGAAACCCAAGCCGGCGGCGGUCGACCCGCGCGGCCACCACAUUGUCACGGUGACGGGCAAGUCCAAGACGUCCAUGAUCAAGAACGCGCAACGCCUCAUGGAUUGGAUUGAGACGCAUCCAGACGUUCCGCUCUCACACGUCGCAUAUACCAUGACGGCGAGAAAGAUCCAGCACUACUGGCGCAUGGCCGUGACUGGUUCCGAUCUUGCCCAGGUUCGGAACGCCAUCGCGGCUCGCCUCCAGGAUCACAUCUCCCCCGUCCCGCCCCAGCAGCCUAAGGUUGUGCUGAUGUUUACUGGACAAGGCUCGCACUACGCAGGGCUCGGGAAGGAUCUUUACGAGCACCAGUCGGUCUUCCGGCAGAGCAUCGACGAGUUCGUCCGCCUCGCUUGGAUACAUGGCCUACCAUCGUUCCUUCCCUUGAUCGAUGGCAGCGAGCCCGACGUGGCUAAGUUGUCACCGGUAGUUGUCCAGCUUGGCUUGGUCGCGUUCGAGAUGGCGCUUGGUCGACUGUGGGUCUCGUGGGGAGUCAAGCCUUCCCUGGUGGUGGGCCACAGCCUCGGAGAGUAUGCCGCGCUCGAAGCCGCUGGCGUACUCUCCGCCAGCGACGUCAUCUAUCUUGUCGGCGUUCGCGCCCAGAUGCUGGUCGACAAGUGCACGCCUGGAACCCACUCGAUGCUCGCUGUGCAGGGCUCAAAGGAGGAUGUCAGACCCGUCCUCGGCGCCAACGCCGGCGGAAUCGAGGUUGCUUGCAUGAACGGACCGCGCGAGACAGUCCUCAGCGGCAAGGCUGAUGAGAUCUCCGAGGCCUCCCGGACCCUAUCUGCCGCUGGGCUCAAGUGCACUGAGCUCCGUGUGCCUUUCGCCUUCCACUCCGCCCAGGUGGACGCCAUCCUGGACGAUUUCGAGGCGGUCGCUCAAGGGAUCAGCUUCCGCGCACCAAAGCUCCCGAUCAUCUCGCCUUUCCUCGGCAAAGAGAUUGAAGGCGAGCCCAUCGAUGCGAGAUACCUGCGCGAGCAUGCCCGCCAGCCGGUCAAUUUCCUUGGCGCGCUCGUCUCUGCUCAGGCGGCUGAGACUAUUGAUCACAAGACCGUCUGGAUUGAGAUCGGCCCCCAUCCUGUGUGCGCCAAUCUCGUCAAAGGCGUCUUCGGUGCGCCGACCGUCGCAGUUCCCAGCCUGCGGCGCAAAGAGGACUGCUACAAGAGCAUAUCGAGUACCGUUGCCACGCUGCAUUGUGAGGGCGUCAAGAUCGACUUCAAUGAGUACCAUCGUGACUUCCAGGACUCGGUUCGCCUGCUCGAUCUGCCCAGCUACGCAUUCGACGAGAGCAACCAUUGGCUUCAGUACACCGGCGACUGGUGCCUUACCAAACACCGGGUUCGUGACGCCGCAAAUGCGUUGCACACGCGCAAGCUGUCAACGACGUCCGUGCAAAAGAUCAUCGCGGAAGAGGUUAAGGACGACGUGGCUACCGUUGAGAUCGAGUCCGACCUCUGCCAGGAGCAACUCCGCAACGCCGUGUCUGGUCAUUUGGUCAACGGCGCGCCGUUGUGCCCGUCAUCGCUGUACGGCGACAUGGCCAUGACCGUGUGCGAGUACGCCUACAAGCUCCUGCGGCCCGACGCGCAGCGGAUUGGGUACAAUGUCGCUAAGUUAGAGGUGCCCAAGUCGCUCAUUUUCGACGAGACGGCCAAGAGCCACAUUCUGCGGCUGAAGGUGACUGCCAAUGCCAAACUUGGCCACGCUGAUCUUGUCUUCUACACGGGCGAAGGACCAAAGAGGACUGAGCAUGCCAAUUGCAAGGUCUAUUUCGGCAACUUGGAUGAGUGGCAGGCCGAGUUUGAUCGCGUCGCCUACCUGAUCAAGUCCCGCAUCGACGCCCUCAAGCAGGCCGAGCAGCAAGGUAUUGCCUCCAAGAUCGGCCGCGGUUUGGCGUACAAGCUCUUCUCCGCCCUCGUCGACUACGCUCCUCGGUAUCGGGGCAUGGAAGAGGUCAUCCUGGACAGCGCCGCUUGCGAGGCGACAGCCAAGAUCCGCUUCCAAACCACCGAGCAGGACGGCAACUUUGUCUUCAGCCCGUAUCACAUCGACAGCGUCUGCCACAUCUCCGGUUUCAUCAUCAACGGAAGCGAUGCCAUCGACUCGCGCGAACAGGUCUUCAUCUCGCACGGCUGGGGCUCGAUGAGGUUCACCGAGAUCCCUAAGGCCGACAAGGAGUAUCGCAGCUACAUCCGCAUGCAGCCCGUGCAGGGCAGCAAGAUGAUGGCGGGUGACGCCUAUGUCUUCGACGGCGACAGGAUCAUCGGUGUCACUGGUAACAUCAAGUUCCAGUGCGUCCCGCGCAGGGUUCUGAAUCAGCUGCUCCCCCCACGUUCCGGUGGCGGCGCCGCUCGCGCGCCUCCUCGGCCGGCACCCACCAAGCCGCCUUCCGCCGAGAAGGCGGCCCCUCCCAAGAAGAAGAAGGAGACUGUGACGCCAGCUAAUAUCGGCAAGGUCAACCAGAAGUUGAGGAGCCUUGUCCAUUCGGUCAUGGACAUCAUAGCCCAGGAGGUGCACUGCAGCCACGACGAGCUCGCGGACAACAUCGCCUUUGCGGAUUUAGGCGUCGAUUCGCUGAUGUCUCUGACAGUCAGCGGCAGAUUGCGGGAGGAGCUGGAGCUGAACAUAAGCUCCAACGCCUUCGUCGAUUACGCCACCAUUGGCGAAUUCAAGCGCUACCUGGCGCAAUUCGAGAAGACGGCGCGCAAGAUGAGCAUCUCAUCGCACGACUCGGAGCUUAUGAGUACUGCCGAGUCACCCGAGGGCGAGACCGAGUCGCGCAUCACGACACCUAUUGGGGAUAGUGAAGCCAGCUCGGUCAAGGGCGACGACUCAAAGGAGGAGGUCCGGAACCUGGUGCGCAAGAUCAUCGCCGACGAGAUGGCUAUCGAGGUGGACGAGAUCAUCGCAGCGCCAGACCUGGCAGACCUCGGGAUGGACUCGCUCAUGAGCCUGUCCAUCCUCGGCCGGCUCCGCGAGGAGACCGGCAUGGAUAUUUCGCCCGACUUGUUCGUCAACAACCCGUCGCUCAGCCAGGUGGAGCAUGCCCUCGGCAUCACUGCACCCAAGAAGGCCGCGGCCCGGAAACAGCAGCAACCCAAGCAGCAAUCAGCAACACCGCCGGCGCGCAAACAGCCGUCCGAGAAACCGCCUGAGCCCGAGGACCGCGGGGAGUCAUCGCAGACGCGUGUGCAUCCCAGAAUCGGCCUGGAGGAGCCUGCCCCUCCCAAGCCGCCGAGGCCCUCCGAGCUGGUCGACCGUUUUCCACAUCGCCGCGCCUCUUCGGUUCUCCUAUCUGGAGUCGUCCGCACGGCGUCCAAGCACCUGUUCAUGGUGCCUGACGGCAGCGGGUCUGCCACGUCGUACACGGAGAUGGCCGAGAUCGGUGGCGACUGGGCGGUCUGGGGCCUUUUUUCGCCCUUCAUGAGGACGCCGGAGGAGUACAAUUGUGGUGUGUACGGCAUGGCGGCCAAGUUCAUCGAGGAGAUCAAGCGGCGGCAGCCCAAGGGUCCAUACUCCGUCUCGGGCUGGAGCGCCGGUGGCGUGAUUGCGUACGAGAUUGUCUACCAACUCGUCCAGGCCGGCGAGACGGUCGAGAAUCUCAUCAUCAUUGACGCUCCCUGCCCCCACACCAUUGAGCCCCUGCCGCAAGGCCUGCACGCAUGGUUUGCCUCGAUUGGUCUCCUCGGGGAGGGCGACGACAAUAGGGUGCCGGAAUGGCUGCUCCCCCACUUCGCCGCCUCUAUCACGGCGCUCAGCAACUAUGACGCCCUGCCGCUGCCUAAGGAAAAGUGCCCCAAGGUGAUGGCCAUCUGGUGCGAGGACGGGGUUUGCAAGAAUCCCGAGGACCCGAGACCAGAGCCUUAUCCGAAGGGCCACGCCCUUUUCCUCUUGGACAACCGCUCCGACUUUGGUCCCAACCGGUGGGACGAGCUCCUGGACCUGGAGAAGAUGCAGUUCCGGCACAUGCCGGGCAAUCACUUUUCCAUGAUGCACGGUGCUUUGGCUAAACAACUCAACGGCUUCGUCAAGGAUGCUCUUGGGCUGCAAUGACUGGACGUGUACCGUGGCCGGUGCGUCUCGGACCCGGGGUAACGACUUGCUGGCUAUCACAGUUGGUUUUGGUCAAGGAAGCUACUGGAAAGUGGAUGUGGUCGGCGGGCAUUUUUAUUCGGCAUGAGCAUUUGGCAGUUUUUUUAGAGUUUCCCUGGAC